AUGAGGAAUGCCUCAGUGGUGACCGAGUUUAUCCUGCUGGGCAUCCCACACACAAAGGAUCUGGAGACCAUGCUCUUUGUCCUGUUUUUGUCUUUCUACAUAUUCACCCUAGUGGGAAACCUGCUCAUCCUACUGGCAAUUGUCUCCUCCACUCAACUUCAUACUCCUAUGUACUUCUUCCUGUGUAAACUGUCGGUGUGUGACAUAUUUUUCCCUUCUGUGAGUUCCCCCAAGAUGCUCUUCUACCUCUCAGGGAAUAGUCGAACCAUCUCCUAUGCUGGCUGUGCAUCUCAGCUCUUCUUCUACCAUUUCCUGGGCUGUACUGAGUGUUUCCUGUACACAGUGAUGGCCUAUGACCGCUUUGUUGCGAUAUGUUACCCUCUACGCUACACGAUAAUCAUGAGCCACAGAGUAUGUGCCAUCCUAGCCCUGGGAACCUCAGUAUUUGGCUGUAUUCAGGCCACCUUUCUAACCACUCUCACCUUCCAAUUGCCCUACUGUGGCUCCAAUGAAGUAGACUAUUUCUUCUGUGACAUCCCAGUGAUGUUGAAGCUGGCUUGUGCAGACACCUCUACCAUGGAGAUGGUGGGGUUUAUCAGUGUUGGCCUCAUGCCCCUCAGCUGCUUCCUUCUCAUCCUCACUUCCUACAGUCUCAUUGUCCACUCCAUCCUGCAGAUCCGCUCUGUGGAGGGCCGACGUCGUGCCUUUUCUACUUGCAGUGCCCACCUCACUGCAAUCUUACUUUUCUACAUGCCAGUGGUCCUCAUUUACCUAAGGCCAACCCCAAGUCCCUGGCUGGAUGCAACUGUUCAGGUCAUGAAUAACCUGGUUACUUGCAUGCUGAACCCCUUGAUCUACAGCCUCAGGAAUAAGGAGGUAAAAUCAUCUCUGAGGAAAGUCCUACAUCAACUGGUCUUCCUUUGUGAGCAGUUGCAGAGAGAAAAAGAGUAGCUAACACUUCAACUGCACUUCAUAGCUUAUAAAAUAUUUUAAAAUGGUCCUCACAAAUAUUUUUGGAUUUGAGAGUGCAGGUGUUAUUAUGAUUACCUCCAUUUUACAAU